CAGUGAAAAGGUGGACUACUUGAAGGGAGACAUUGACGGAGGGAGCUGUGCAGAUAUCCUUCUCACAAGAGUUGCUUUGAAGAAUCUCUCUUGGAUCUCUGUUGAAGUUGUUCAACUACAACAACAAAAAAGGGAUGGACAACAGGGAGUUUUCUCUGAACUGCUCUUGGGUAGAGAACACAUCUCUCCCUGCCGACUCCUCAACGUCCUCCUCCUCCUUCACUGGGUUGGAUCUCCUAUUUGACCUGAAGCCCCUAUUCAUCCCUCUCUACUCCAUGGUGAUCCUGGUCGCCUGCUCUGGCAACCUCCUGCUGCUCUUCCUCAUCGGGCUCAACAAGAAGAGACACAACACCACCAACUUCCUGAUCGGCAACUUGGCGCUAGUCGAUUUGGUCAUGUGCAUCUUCUGCGUGCCCCUGACGGCCUCCUAUGCCUUCGACAAGCGAGGGUGGCUCUUCGGAUGCUUCAUGUGCCACUUUGUCACAUUGAUGCAGUCGGCGACGGUUUUCGCAGCCGUCUUGUCACUCACAGCCAUUGCAGUGGACCGGUACGUCGUUGUGGCCUAUCCCAUUCGCAGGCGGUUGGGUUGCCAGUUUUGCUGGGGUUUGGUGGCUGCCAUCUGGUUGUGUAGCCUUGCGUUCUCCACUCCCACGGCUCUCCACAUUGCCUACCUGGACCUGAGCGCCACCGGUCUCCACAUGGUCGUCUGUGAGGAGUUCUGGCAUGGCCAGGAGCGGGGACGCCUUGUCUACUCCUGCUUUGUCCUGGUCUUCUCUUACUUUGUGCCACUCGCCGCUGUGUCUGCAUCCUACCUCGCUAUCUCCUACCACUUGAGACAAAGGAACAUUUCUGGUUUGAUGGCGGCGGGUCCUGUUUCCAAUCAAAUGAACUGGGGGCGAAAGAGAAGAAAGACUUUCUGCCUCCUCCUUGUGUCGGUGCUCUGCUUCGCCUUCUCCUGGCUCCCUCUUCAGGUGGUCAAUCUCAUCCGCGACCUGGAUACUGACUUCACCAUCCUGGGCAAGAGCCACGUCAACGUGAUCCAAGUGUCGUGCCACCUGUUAGCUAUGAGCUCGGCGUGCUACAACCCAUUUAUCUACGCGUCGCUCCACGACAAGUUCCUGUCCUGCCUGUGUCAUCGUGACCUCUUCCCCCGUCACAGAGGAGUGGGGGGUCGAGGGCCAAGGGGAAACAGCAGCAGCUUCAUGACAUCCCACCGACUGCACCGUGUGAAUACCUUCUCCACCCUGGGCGACAUCCCGGUGGUUCUGGGGAACAAGAUGCCACAGGAGAGCUGGCUGUUGCGGCAGGCACAUAAGUCCUCAACCACUACAAUAAUUGACCAUAAUUACAUGUAGUUGGAGUUUGAAUGAGGAAGCACCUUAUGACACAUGGGCCAGAGCACUGAAAGCGAAGGAUGUAUCUGAAAGAUCAAUUUUCUCCCCUUUGACCUCAUCCUCUAAUUAAUUCUGAGAAGGACGUCAGGAGAGAGUAAUCAGGUAAAUGCUAUUGAGAUAGAGUCCCUAUCGCUGAGACGUCAACCAACAAAACAUUUGGAAAUCAGGUGGGAUGAGGUUGGCACCAAUGUAGCUGACAGCUGCACCUGAACGAGCACGGAUCCAUGACAAAACAAUAUAUUUCUGAGCUUACAGUCACUGGUAGAAGAUAACUGCCAAAAUAAAGGAAACACCAACAUAAAGCGUUGGGCAACCACCAGCCAGAACAGCUUCAAUGCACCUUGGCAUAGAUUCUACAAGUGUCUAGAACUGUAUAGGAGGGAUGUGACACCAUUUUCCUAUAAGAAAUUCCAUAAUUUGGUGUUUUGUUGAUGAUGUUGGAAAGCACCGUCUCAGGCGUCGCUCCAGAAUCUCCCAUAAGUUUUCAAUUGGGUUGAAAUAUGGUGACUGAGACAAGAAUGGAAUAUGGUUUACAUAAUUUCAUGCUCAUCAAACCAUUCAGUGACUACUAAUGCCCUGUGGGUGGGGGCAUUGUCAUCCUAAAGGGGGCUAGCAAAAUAAUGGCCUGCCCAGCAUUUUUCAUACAUGACACUAAGCAUGAUGGGAUGUUAAUUGCUUAAUUACCUUAAUUAAGCACCUGCUUUCAAUAUACUUUGUAUCCUUCAUUUACUCAAGUGUUUCCAUUAUUUUGUCAGUUACCUGUAUAUCUAUGGAAAUACAAUUUAUGCAGAUUUAUUUUUAAACACUUUUGUUGGCCACAAAAAACGAUCAUACUAUGAAGCAGAUCAAAAGCUGGUCAUUUGUAUCUCUGAUAAUAAACAGGGUAGUUUGGGUCCUGAAUGCUGGUUGGCUGAAACAGCAUUCCAACGGUGUGUAUAUCAGACAAUAUAACACAGCUACGACACAAGUUCUUUUUUACUGUUAUAUUUAUGUUGGUAACGGGCUUAUAAUAGCAAUAAGGCAUCUUGGGGGUUUGUGGUAUAUGGUCAGCAAAUAGUACGGAUAGCCAUGUGAUUAGCUGUUCAGGAGUCUUAUGGCUUGGGGGUAGAAGCUGUUAAGAAGCCUUUUGGACCUAGACUUGGCGCUCCGGUACCGCUUGCCGUGGGGUAGCAGGGAGAACAGUCUAUUCAGUAAAUGGCUGUUUAUUUGACACUACAAGACACUAUAAGACACUAUACCGUCUGAUAUACCAUGGCUUUCAGCCAAUCAGCAUUCAGGGCUCAAACCACCCAGUUUAAAAUGGCCAACAUACCACACCUUCUCAGGCCUUAUUGCUUAAAUAAACAUAGGAAUCAAAUGAACAGCCAUUUAAUGAAUAGAUUGUGGUGUCAAUAUGCUUUACUGAAUACAUUGUGGUGUCAAUAUCCUUUACUGAAUACAUGGUGGUGUCAAUAUGAUUUACUGAAUCGAUUGUGGUGUCAAUAUGAUUUACUGAAUCGAUUGUGGUGUCAAUAUGCUUUACUGAAUUAACUGUGGUGUCAAUAUGAAUACAUUGUGGUGUCAAUAUGAAUAGACUGUGGUAUUAAUGUACUUUACUGAAUGUAUUGGGGUGUCAAUACUAUUUACUGAAUAGAUUGUGGUGUCAAUAUGAAUUGGUCUCCCGGGUGAUGCUGUGGUCUAAGACAUUGCAUCUCAGUGCAAGGGGCAUCACUGCAGUACCUGGUUUGAAUCCAGGCUGCGUCAGAUCUGGCUGUGGUUGGCAGUCCCAUAUGGCGGCGCACAAUUGGCCCAGCGCCGUCCAGGUUUGGCUGGGGUAGGCCGUCAUUGUAAAUAAGUAUUUGUUAUUAACUGACUUGCCUAGUUAAAUAAAUAAAAUAUAUAUUGUAGUGUCUAAGGGGCUGAUUCAGACUUAAGAAUUCAUACCUUUCCUAUGCACUUCUCAGUAUUUGGUAUUCAGACAUACCUUAUUCAGUCGCUUAACUCGCUCUGGUUACCCUGCGUGCUCUGAAUCCAUUUCAUUCACACGCUAAAAAUCAUCCCACUUGCUGGCCAACAUAUUUUAAUAAUAAUAUAUGCCAUUUAGCAAGAUGCUUUUAUCCAAAGCAAGUUACAGUCAUGUUUUCAUACAUUAUCCCCUGUGUAUUUAUACCUGUGUUUUCUGUCUGUCUGUUGACAGUUCGUCUUGUUUGUUCAAGCCUACCAGUGGUUUCUCUCAGCUCCUGGUUUUCCCUAGUCUCUCUUUUUCCGCGUCCUCCUGGGUUUUGACCUUUGCCUGUACCUGAGCCUGCCUGCCUGCCAGUACCUUUGCUCCUGCCCUGGAUUAUCGACCACUGCCUGCCCCUGUAGUUACAAUGAACACUGUUAAUUCACUCAGUCUGCACUUGGGUCUUACCUUGGAACUUGUUCGAUACAAAGGACCACCUAGAUAUAGGAGUCAAAUAAACAGACAUUUACUGAAUAGAUUGUGGUGUCAAUAUGCUUUACUGAAUAGAUUGUGGUGUCAAUAUGCUUUACUGAAUAGAUUGUGGUGUCAAUAUGCUUUACUGAAUAGAUUGUGGUGUCAAUAUGCUUUACUGAAUAGAUUGUGGUGUCAAUAUGCUUUACUGAAUGGAAUGUGUUGUCAAUAUGCUUUGCUGAAUAGAUUGUGGUGUCAAUAUGCUUUGCUGAAUAGAUUGUGGUGUCAAUAUGCUUUGCUGAAUAGAUUGUGGUGUCAAUAUGCUUUGCUGAAUAGAUUGUGGUGUCAAUAUGCUUUGCUGAAUAGAUUGUGGUGUCAAUAUGCUUUACUGAAUAGAUUGUGGUGUCAAUAUGCUUUACUGAAUAGAUUGUGGUGUCAAUAUGCUUUACUGAAUGGAAUGUGUUGUCAAUAUGCUUUGCUGAAUAGAUUGUGGUGUCAAUAUGCUUUGCUGAAUAGAUUGUGGUGUCAAUAUGCUUUGCUGAAUAGAUUGUGGUGUCAAUAUGCUUUACUGAAUAGAUUGUGGUGUCAAUAUGCUUUACUGAAUAGAUUGUGGUGUCAUGAUUUACUGAAUAGAUUGUGGUGUCAUGAUUUACUGAAUGGAUUGUGGUGUCAUGAUUUACUGAAUGGAUUGUGGUGUCAUGAUUUACUGAAUGGAUUGUGGUGUCAUGAUUUACUGAAUGGAUUGUGGUGUCAAUAGGAUUUAUUGAAUGGAUUGUGAAUGAGACAGAUGUUCAAUUUGUUAGCAAAUGUUUGAAAGAUUUCUCUAAGACACUUUACUCUACAUAUAGCUUAUGCAGUUUAAGAGAUUGAAUAUCAUUGAUGAUGUGUAUGUAAAUAUUUUUGAAUGAGUUAUUUAUAAUCCUCAAGAUGAGCAAAUGUUUAAUGUUGUAGUCCCAUUACACUACUACUCCAAUUUGAAUCAAUGUUCAUAAAUGUUAAUGUGAAAUGUAAUAUUGUGUAGAUUUUUGUUACUUUAAAUGUUGUGUAAAAUUAACAAUUUGUUAUGUUGUUUUGUCUAUUAGAUUAUGACAGGAUAAACUUGAUAAUGAACAUACCAUUGUAUAGCACUUUAGAUUGUCAUGCAGCAUGUUGGUUGUGUUGCUCUUGAUGUUAAAGUUUAACAUUAAAAUAACAUUGAAGGACCUGUGGAUUGGGCCACUCUGAGACUAAUACUUACUGACGCUUAAUUUGAAUAAACAGAUGCUUUGG